AAAAAGUCAGAGUGGCGGGUAAUCAGUGGAGGGGAAGAAUGUUUCUGUCUCUUCCUACGUUGACUGUCCUUAUUCCGCUGGUCUCGUUAGCAGGGCUGUUAUACUCGGCCUCCGUGGAAGAAAACUUCCCGCAGGGCUGCACUAGCACAACCAGCCUGUGCUUUUACAGUCUGCUCUUGCCGGUCACCAUACCCGUGUAUGUGUUCUUCCACCUUUGGACUUGGAUGGGUAUUAAACUCUUCAGGCAUAAUUAAUACAACCAGAGCCAAGACGGUAUAUCCUAAGGAUAGGCUUGAGUGUCUGCCUCUGAAAGCUCAACUACGUGGAAAUACUGGACACCCACUUAACGUGCAAGAAAGAUGCUUUGCCUAGCUUCUGUCAGAGGUUUAGGAUUAGGGGAGGCUUAAGCUGCAGAGGCUUCUGUAUUGUACUUUGGUUCUGCCCUUGUUUUUUGAAGGUUCUUAUUUAUACCUGGGGUAUCAGGAGAAACAUUUCAACAGAGUGUCUUGUUGGAAAUUAAUAGCCCCAGCCAUCAUCUGAUGACUUUAUGUCUUAUCCCAUUCAUAAUUAAAAGUUACUAAUUUGAAAUCUUAUAUGUUUAUUUUACAUUCAGAGUCUGGUAAAGUCACAUGUUAAGGAUGACUGAAAUAAUUCCAGAGGAGCUCUGUUGAGGUAGUUGUAGAGAAAUGGAUUUGAACUAAUGUGGUAUAAAACUGUAAUAAAAUGGAAACUUCAUGUAUUUGCCAAAAUUCUGAGUUUGUAAAAUUACCUUCAUUUCUUUGGCAUCACAUGCUUACAUUAAUAAUAAAAUAAGCUAUUGACAUUUUCCAUAAAACAAUUUGUAGUUUUGUGGGGUUUUUAUCCCCCUUUGGUCACUAGAGUGUGAUUCUAAGGAAGAGAAAAUGUAAAAUAUUCUAAAUUUUAAACUUAGAAUAUUUAGAGAGACACAUAAUAGCCAAAAUAGAAUAAUUUCCCAGGAAAGUAUGUGCCUCUGGAGGUAGAAGUGGGGUUGAAAGGUUUGCAAAUAGCUAAUUGUGUCCUAUUGAGGGCUACGUUUUGAGGCACAUUUCAGUUUAUUUUCCUGCCACAGGAGACCUAUUUUAAAUAGCACUACUAAGGGCAUGAGCAUUUUACACAUUAAUAGUUCCUGAUUUUCCAGAACUUUCAACAAGAUUGAUUAGUACAAUAACUCUUUCAGAAGUGUAACAUAAAUAUUUCAGUAGUUACCCUAAAGAAACCUAAGAACUGAAUAUAACCUUAACUGAUUCUUAAUAGAACCUUCAAGUAGUUUAACAGAACCUUUAGAUAGUGAUUCUUCCCCUUCAAAAGACAAAACGAGGUUGGAUGUGUUUUCUGUUGCAUUAAUUCAAUGUAUAUACUGUAGUACAAGUCAUGUUUUAAAAACUACUCUAUGGCAAGGACUUCCCUGGUGGCACAGUGGUUAAGAAUCCGCCUGCCAAUGAAGGGGACACGGGUUCGAGCCCUGGUCCGGGAAGAUCCCACACCCCGCGGGGCA